AUAUCGUUCGUCCCGUCUCGAUCGCCUAACGAGGGCGUCGAGGUUAUCCUUGAUCGGUGCUGGUCCAUCGAAUAGCUGCUCGAGACAUACACGUCUUGAAACAGAGAAGAUAUAUAUGUAUAUAUAAGCGAAAGAAGAAACUCGAGAGUAGUGAACCCAAGAGAAGGGAGGAAAGCGGGGAAUACAAAUCGUCCGUUGGAGAGAUAGCUAUUGUGUUUCAAUCUUUGAAAUUAGACACACAACCGAGGUGAAGAAUGGUGGUGAAAAACGAGACUACUAGGAACGGGCACGAGUUGGCUCCGUUGAACGAGAAUCGUCAACCCGGGCACAACGUGACCAUCGUCGUGGCUGGUACGCAAAAUGCUAACGGCAGCCAGGAGAACAAGGAGGACAAUAGGGCGGCAUGGAGCGGCAAGAUGCAGUUUUUCCUCAGUAUUAUCGGGUACAGCGUGGGCCUCGGGAAUAUCUGGAGGUUCCCGUACCUGUGCCAGCAGAAUGGAGGAGGUGCCUUUCUCAUCCCCUUUUUCGUGAUGCUAAUCCUAGAGGGUAUACCCCUCUUCCUGAUCGAGCUGGGUCUCGGUCAACGUAUGCGACAGGGCGCCCUCGGCGUAUGGAACACAAUACACCCGUGGCUAGGAGGGAUUGGGAUAGCCUCUUGUAUCGUCACCUUCUUCGUCGCCCUUUACUACAACGUCAUCAUCACCUGGUGCUUCUAUUACCUGUUCAAUUCGCUCAUGGCGGUCACGAUUAAAUUCGGCGAGCCGUUGCCCUGGGCGAAAUGUCCGGAAGUGGACGGUAAGCCCGUCGAAGAAUGCGUCAAGAGUUCCGAGACUGCCUACUUUUGGUACCGAACGACGCUAGACGCCGCGCCGUCGAUCGAGGACGGUCAGAGUCUGAAGUGGUGGAUCGUUCUUUGUCUGCUGCUCAGCUGGAUCGUCGUCUUCUUUAUCGUGAUGAAGGGAAUACAAUCGUCGGGAAAGGUGGUAUAUUUUACAUCCAUGUUCCCGUAUUUGGUGCUUACUAUCUUUUUUAUUCGUGGAAUAACGUUAAAAGGUGCCAGCGCUGGAUUGGCCCAUAUGUACACGCCAAAGAUCGAGAAACUGUUAGAACCGACGGUCUGGCUCGACGCGGCGACCCAGGUUUUUUACAGUUUCGGGCUAGCGUUCGGCUCGUUGAUCGCAUUCGGUUCGUACAACACGCCGGACAACAACUGCGUCCGGGACGUGCUCUUGGUCAGCGGUUGUUGCGUCGUGAUAUUCGCCAUUUUGGGGUUCAAGGCGAUGACGAACGUCGACAAGUGCCUCGCCAGUAAUAAAGACUUACUCUUCGAGAAUGGACUAAUAACGCAUCCGAACAUCACCAUGGACGAGUACGAGGACAUUGUGAACAAGUUGAACGUGUCUGCGAUGAACUUCACUCUCGGCAGGUGUAGUCUCAGCGAACAGUUGGAUAACGCCGCCGAAGGCACAGGACUGGCUUUCAUAGUCUUCACGCAGGCAAUAGUCGAAUUACCUGGUGCGCCGUUCUGGUCGUGCAUCUUCUUCAUGAUGCUUCUAGCUCUCGGUUUGGGCUCCCAGAUCGGUAUACUGGAAGGCAUGCUGUGCGUUAUAUUCGACAUAGAUCUUUUCAAGAGAAUCAAGAAGCAAUACAUAACAGGGGUGGUGUGUACCAUAUGUUUCUUCGUUGGUCUGAUCUUCUGCACCGGCGCGGGAGAAUACUGGCUGAAGAUGUUCGACAGUUUCGCUGGUACUAUCGGCCUGGUGAUGGUCGCGCUCAUGGAAAUGCUCUCGGUCGUCUUUAUCUACGGCCACGAAAAGUUCACCAAGGAUAUCGAAGAAAUGACGGGAUACAGACCGGGGCCGUACUGGCAGGUCACUUGGCGUUUUCUCGCCCCUCUAAUUAUGGGUUGUAUUCUACUCUCCAGUAUAGCGUCGAUGUUCAUCAAGAAACCUCAGUAUUCCGCAUGGGACGCCACGCAAGGUAUGGCGGUGGCGACCAGUUACCCUAGCUGGAUACUGGCCGUAGCGAUCGUGAUCAUCUGCGCGGGGAUUGCGCCGAUACCGAUCGUUUUUCUACUAAGGCGAUUCCAGUGCGUCAAACUCGACGUAGACAUCCAUCAGGGCAGUAUACGACGUAUAGACACCACAGUGUCUACCAAAGAGAUGAUGGGCGACGUUGAUAUGGACGAGUAUCACGACCGAUUGGAGGACUUCCCCGAGGAGGACGAAGAUAUAAACAGCGACGACGACAACAACAGCGCGCCCCCGAUCACGAAGAUCGUGCCAAACAAGCUUCAUCAGGGUAAACCGUUCAAAAUGGAGGUGAUGGACUUCUGAGACGGACGUGACGACCACGGGUUCGCAAUCACCUCCCGCCCCGUUUCCAUCGCGAGACGGACGAGUGAUGAUCGGGCCGAUCGAUCGACCCGUGAAACGACACUGAUCACCUUACCCCCGUCGUCGUCGCGUAUCGCCGAACGAGAUCGGUGCUUACCAAAGCAAUAUCAAACUUCCGUCGAACCCGUGACACGGGUUUAAACCGUGCGAAGCGAAUAAACUAAACAAAGAAGGGAAAGAAAUGGCAGAGAGGAAAGAGAGACAGAGAAAAUUCAGUCCAAAAAUGAAAGCUCGGCGAUUGCACUGAAUUGCAAUCCUACCAAAUAAUACAGAGAGAGAAAUCGUUUCGUCGAUUCGUUUGCUCAAUUCUAUCGUGAGACGCGAGAAAAAAAAAACGUUCCCACAAAACGGCCUGAACGUCACCAGGACGACGGUUUUUGUUUUUCGUUUUCGUUCGCGAUGGGAUUUCGUUCGAGGUAGAAUAUCGAUCGUUCGCUCGUCGGAAUCGGUAGUUGAGAUCGUUCCAGAGAAACGUUGAAAUUAUUUUAACUCGUCGUAGGUUGAAAUUAGACUUCCCUACAUCGCGAGGAAACGUGGAACCAUCCCCACAACCUCUCGGUUAGCAAAGAGCGCUGUGUCCGCGCGCUCGUGUUCAGAUUUAAACGACAUACACGCUUCGGGUCGGUCUUCCGCGUUGUUCGACGACCAUUUUCUUUGUUUUUUUUUUCUUAUUUUUUCGUCAGGGGCUUAUAAAUCGUACAGGAUAUCUGACGUUUUGAGAGAUGGAAAAGGUAUGAUGAGAAAAUCGUGUGAAAAAAAACAGAGAAACGACGUUGUACAAAAGUUGAUUGUGAUCGAUACUGUGUUGGAGAGCAAAAUCGGUUUGGCUGUUGGGAAACCUGUUACUAUAAAUCGAUAAUUUCUCUAUCUUUAUGCUGUUGUACAAAUAAUGAAGAUAUAUAUAUAUAUAUAACUGUCAACUGAAACGGAGAAGAAUUGGUGUAAAAGAAAUACGGCGAUAAUAGUAUCCCCCGACAGAUCUCGAUUCGAUUUUGUUCUAACUGUAGUACACCGAAGUAGCGAUGGGAACCACGGUCAUAUAAAUUUAAAUAGUAACUGAAUUCGAAGGUAGGAUCCAAGAAUGAUUACGAAAUUGAAGAAACAGAGCUCUGUAAAGUUCCAAUUUCUUUUGAACCUAACAUCAAACCUAGGAGCGACCUUGCUUUUGAAACGACCCAAGAUUUAUAACUUAGACUGCAUGAUCCUUAUGCAAAUACCACUCGUCGAACAUUUAUUUACAGAACCUAAAAUCAAACGGAAAUUCCUUUACUACGUCGAACGAUCUAUUAGAUCCCAAAUAAAAUCAUACUAAAAUUUAUUGAUCUUCCUGAUACACUGUAUUUCAGAGUUUCAGAUACGUUAUAAAUGUAUAAAU